UUGAAAAAUCUAACAUACCUGGUUAUAAUGGUAGAAAGCGUAUUCAAUGGGAAUUAUCGAGAAGAUUUGAAAAUAUCCGAUGAUGAUGAUGACGACGAUGAUGAUGAUGAUGAUGAUGAUGAUGAUGUGAAAAUAAUAGAAACUAAUCGAGUUUGGAAAAUAUGCGAGAACAUAAAGAUCAAGACAGAGAUAUUGGACGAGAUCGAAGAUUUCUCAGCAAACGACGAACUCGUCGUAGUCGAAGACGAGAAUCCUUUUGAGAAACGAAUAAUAAUCGGUCAUACGACCAGAAAAGACCUCGUAUGUACCAUUUGUAGAAUAGAUUUUCCAAAUGAAGAUGAAUUCAAAAGCCAUAUGAUUUUACACAGUCGCUGUGAACUUUACCGAUCCACCAUAUCUUCUCAAUUAUUACCAAGAUCAUCCAAUUUAGAAAAUCAUUCGAAAACUUACGUUGACAUUGAUCGCAAUUAUCAGCCUAUAAAAUUUCAGGAAGAAAGUACCGUACGAAUUCGUGGAAGAUUACCGAAGGAACGGUGCUUCGAAUGUGGAAUCUAUCAAAAGAAAUGUUCGCGCGAUCGCAAAGCGAGUUACGCGAAGAAAAAGUCGUUCGAGUGUACGAUUUGCAAAAAGAAUUUCUUGAGACGCAGUGGUCUUCGAGCACAUUCGAUCGUUCAUACAGCUGAUUCUCCAUACAAGUGUGAUAUCUGUCCGGCUAAAUUUAAAAGAUCUUCCGUUUUAAAAACGCAUAAAUUAACGCAUACGAAUAUAAGAAGAUUCGAGUGUGAUAUUUGUAAGCAUCGUUUUCAUUUGAAAGGUGCAUUAAAACAUCACAUACUCGCGCAUUACGGCGUAAGACCAUACAAGUGUGAAGAUUGUGGCAAAUGUUAUAGAAGAUCUUGGGGCUUAAAAGUUCACAUGUAUCGACACACAGGAGUGAAACGUUUUGAGUGCGAUCUCUGCAAAACACGUUUCAGUAUCAAGACGAAAUUAGCGAAACACAUAUAUCAACAUACAGGAGAAAAACCAUACAAAUGCGAGCUUUGUUCACGUCAAUACGAUGAAAAAUAUCUUCUUAAGAGUCAUAAGUGUCCAAUGAAUUUGGAUACUUUUUCGAAAUGUAAACACGAUGCUACACAUGAUCGAUCUAAUGGAAAGAUCUUCCUUGUUUUAUAACAAUUACAUUAUUAUUAAGGGGUAUCUAUCAUGA